CGGAGGUGCUAGAUUGUGAGUUAUCUUGUAAACCAGGUAGAUUUCUGAGAACAGAUUGAAGUUGUACAAGAUUAUGAAUACUUCUUUAUAGAGUGAUUUGAGAGGUUUCAGGGAUGUCUCACAUGCUUGUGACCAGCUGGUGACACAGUAAGAAAUGGGAGAAACCCAUAGCAUGUAAGAACAUUCUGGAAGCCUCGAUGGAGAAAGAGUUUUUAAUUAACCGGAAGUUGGCUAGGCUGCAUUUGAUUGUAUUAGUAAAUAAAAUAAAAUUAAUGUUUUUAAAUUGAUGGUGGGAUCAAGGAUUAUGCCGAGGUAUUUGAAUUCUGAGACCGUUUUGAUCUUUUAGCCAUGUAUGCGGAUGUGGGAGUAGACCUGCUGCUUUUUAAUAGAUGAAGAAAUACAUGGCUACUGUUUUUCUCACAUUUAGGGUGAGCCAGGAUUUGUUGAGCCAUUGUGAAACAUUCUCCAUAACUGCCACUUGCUCAGCACUCUUUCCAUGGAUGUAGAUAACCACCUGUCAGCAAACAUCUGGAUCUUCACUCCAUGGCACACAGAAGAAGGAAGGUCAUAAAAAAUAUAUGGGCUGAACAACAGGGGCCCAAAGAUUGGAAAUUGAAUCUCAACAAGGAAACAGUCAUGUGUUAGUCAUAUGUCAACCUGCCAAUAUUUUAAACCUGUGCACCGGUUCACCUUUGCAGAGUGCUGAGAACUCGAUUGUCUCGGGGGUGAAUUUCCCCUAUGAAGGGUAUUUACAGAUCUAGGAUCAGCUUCCUCUCCCAGUCAUCCUUUACCAUUGGUGGAGAAAAUGCUACACUGACCCAAAAUCAGCCUUCACUUGCGUAACGUCCUGGAGCUGGAAGCGGUACUCCCCAAAAUAGUUUCGUCAUCGCCCUAACCACCUCAUUGGGACUAGAAUCCGGUCAUGGAAGCUUCUAACUUCAUAGCUAGCUAGAAGAAGAAUCAAGCUCUGGAGUAACUGAUUGGAGAUAGCAUGAUGGAUCAGAGCGGUCCUAUGCGGGUGUUGGUGACUGGGGGGACUGGUCUGGUGGGCAGGGCCAUAGAACAUGUGGUCAAAGAAGAGGGAGGAGCGCGGGAGGGAGAGGAGUGGAUCUUCCUCUCCUCUAAGGAUGCAAACCUCAUGGACAUGGGUGAGACGCAGGCAGUGUUUCUGAAGCAUCAGCCCACCCAUGUCAUCCACCUGGCAGCCAUGGUGGGAGGGCUCUUCAAGAACAUGAGGGCCAACCUAGACUUCUGGAGGAACAACAUCUACAUCAAUGACAACGUCCUGCAGGCAGCACAUGAGGUGGAUGCUGUCAGGGUGGUCUCCUGUCUCUCCACCUGCAUUUUCCCUGAUAAGACCACCUAUCCCAUCAAUGAGACCAUGAUCCACAACGGCCCUCCUCAUGAGUCUAACUUUGGCUACUCCUAUGCUAAGAGAAUGAUCGAUGUCCACAAUAGGGCAUAUCACCAGCAGCGUGGGAGGUGCUACACAGCAGUGAUACCGACCAAUGUGUUUGGCCCUCAUGAUAACUUCAACAUCGAGGAUGGACAUGUACUUCCAGGCCUCAUACACAAAGCCUACAUUGCUCAGAAGGAGGGUAGUCCAUUGGUGGUGUGGGGCUCAGGAACUCCCAGAAGGCAGUUCAUCUACUCAUUGGAUCUGGCUCGUCUCUUCCUCUGGGUGCUGAGAGAGUACCCUGAGGUGGACCCCAUCAUACUGUCUGUUGGUGAGGAGGAGGAGGUGUCCAUCAAGGAGGCAGCAGAGGCCGUUGUCGAGGCACUGGGGUUCAAAGGUCAAGUGACUUAUGACACAACUAAAGCAGACGGUCAGUUCAAGAAGACAGCCAGCAACGCCAAGCUGCUGCGGUACCGCCCCAACUUCACCUUUACCCCCUUCAAACAAGCCUUGAAGGAGACAUGCGAUUGGUUCGUGGCCAAUUACGACACCGCCCGCAAGUGAAGAUUGCUCAAAUCAGAUUGGCUGUUAGGAAACCAGUCCUAGGAAGGAAGGAGCAGGAAGAGGGGACUGUGAUGGAGGGGUCAGGAGGAGUGGAGCUGAAGGUUCUAGAACUGCUGAAGCUGAAGGUGAAGGUUCUAGCUGAAGGUUCUAGAACUGACAAAGAACGCAGGACUUGGUCCUGAUCAUGUUGCUGAGAUUCCAUGAAGAAUGUGUAGAGUGUAGGCUGGGCCAAUCGCUCUCUUUUAACACUCAAACAGCAUCCUAUUCCUAAAUCAGUUGUACUCAAACUAUUUGAGAAGGUGGUAAAGGUCUGGAUGGCUAUUGUAAUUUAUCGGCGUAGUAAGGAAUCCUCAACCCAUUCGACCCCAAACUGUUCACACCACUUUUGUUGGCAGAGAGAAAUUAGAUGUUUUAAAGCUAAUUUCCUGCAACUCUACACAUUUUCCAUGUCUUAUUUGUUGACAUACCAGGAGUUGAAUCCUGACAGUAUUGACCUCAUUCGGAGUCUAGAUCCAGCCUGCGGUCCACCUGUUGAGUAUGGCUGCCCUAUAUAGUACAAUACUUUUGACCAGAGCUCUAUGGCACUAUGUAGGACAGGGAUGGGCAACUACAGUCCUCGAGGGCCUGAUUGGUGACACACUUUUUCCCCAUCUCUAGCAAACAGCUGAUUAAACUAAUUACAUUCUCAACUGAAGAUCAUGAUUAGUUGAUUAUUGGAGUCAGGUGUGUUAGCUGGGGCAAAACUGUUACACCAAUCAGGCCCUCAGGGACUGGAAUUACCCACCCCUGAUGUAAGAUGUGUCCCAAAUGGUACCCUAUUUCCUAUCUUUUCUGGAGUGAUCAGCAGGACUCCUAUCUCCUCUAUAACCAUGUCUACACCAUAGGAAUAGAGUGGGUAUAAUGGACUUAGACUAGUUCUUUGUCCAUAGGAUUUCCUCAAUGUCCACCCAAUAUGGCAACAAAAUAAAAUUUUCCACAAAUAAACCACAAUAGGAAGGCUUUGGUGAAUUCUGUUGUGCUGCCAUUUUGAGUGGGUUGUUCACUACUCAAUUUGUCUACUGUAUCAUAUAGAAUACCAGGUGGUUUUGGAUGUGUUCUUUUAUAUCUUUCUUUACUAAAUACAACGGUGCAAUAUGUACAUGAGUGGUGGGCUGAGAGAAUAAAUCAAUGUUUAUUUUAA